UGCGCACACAUCAAUCACACGCUGCUGCUCUGAAAACUUCCAGGGACGUCAAAGAAAACGAGGCGGUGCUUCACUCGUGCAGCACAGGGUCAAAAUCCCACUUAUUCUGCAUUUACGCCUCACUGUGGAAGCUCCUGUCUCCACUCAGGUCCUGCGUGAGGAGUGUUUUCUUUUUUUUUGCGUGGAAUCAGCAGCAGCAUGGAAAUAACCAAGGGGGACGAGAGGUCCCAGGACCAGGGUCUGUCUUCAUUUGGGACUGCAGAGCUGGAGAGUCAGAGAAGAGACACUGAGCGUGGAAAGAAGAAGAAGAAGAAGAGGAUCAUCAUUGGGGUUGUGCUGCUGUGUCUACUGUUGAUCCUUCUGGCUGUGAUGUUUACUAUGGGGACCGCCAGUGGUGGAGAAGAUGGGGAUUUCUGGCUGAAUGUUGUGUCUGACGAAACUCCACAGCUACAGUGUCCACCCGGUUUUUUCCGGCCUCCUCUCAUCCUGGUGUCCUUGGACGGUUUCAGGGCCGAGUAUUUGAAAGAUCACGCCGGCCACCUUCCCAUCAUCAACAAGCUACGAAGUGUUGGAACGACAGCACCGUACAUGAGGCCUGUUUAUCCCACAAAGACCUUUCCAAACCACUACAGCAUUGUGACUGGUCUCUAUCCCGAGUCUCAUGGGAUCGUGGACAACAAGAUGUACGACGUGACGCACAACGCUUUCUUCAGCUUGAAAACCGCCGAGAAGUUCAACGCUAAGUGGUACCAAGGAGAGCCGGUUUGGCUCACCGCCAUGCGCCACAAAGUAAAAACGGCGACCUUUUUCUGGCCGGGUUCGGAUGUAGCCGUCAAUGGCACCUUCCCAACAUUCUACAAAACCUAUGACAAGAGCAUUGAAUUUAUGGAGAGACUGUCACAGCUCUUUGAAUGGCUGAGUUUACCUCAGUCAGAGAGACCCGACUUCUACACUCUGUACCUGGAAGAACCUGACGCGUCAGGACAUCGCUACGGGCCAGGAAGCGAUGAGGUUAUUUCCGCCCUGAAGAACGUGGACUGGAUCUUGGGGAUGCUGAUGGACAAACUGACGAUGAAAAGCCUGCACCACUGUGUCAACUUGAUGAUCGUAUCCGACCACGGCAUGGAGGAGGCGUCCUGUGAAAGAGCAGAGUUUGUGUCGACCUACCAGGAAGACACUGAACGCUUCAAUGUCAUCCAGGGCCCGGCAGCUCGUAUCAGACCCGCCCGCCUCCCAGAGGAUUACUUUUCUUUCGACUAUGAAGGCCUGGUGAAGAAUCUGUCGUGCAGGGCCCCGAACCGGACCAUGAGACCGUACCUUAAAGAAAACCUGCCAAAAAGGUUCCACUUUGCCAACAACAAGCGCAUAGAGAGGGGACAUCUGUACAUGAAGCAGGGAUGGCAGGCAGCACUUAACCGAAAGGAAGUCAAGUACUGCACGGGUGGUUUCCACGGCUCAGAUAAUGUCUUCACCAACAUGCAGGCGAUCUUCAUUGGCUACGGUCCAGGUUUUAAAAGCAACCUUGUCGUUCCACCGUUUGAAAACAUCGAACUGUAUAACCUCAUGUGUGAUCUCCUCAGCAUCCGUCCCGCUCCAAACAACGGGACUCACGGUAGCCUGAACCACCUCCUGAAGGAUCCGGUCCACUUGCCGGUUCACCCCGCGCCGCUCUCCCAUCAAACACCCUGUGAAGCCACUGGUCCUGACCCCACAGAUGACCUGCAGUGCUCGUGCGCGUCACAAACUAAAACUAUGGAGACGGACAUGAACAGACAUCUCAUGACAACAAAUGCCAGCGCCAAAGUCUACUUACGCCGCUUCCACCAUCCGUUCGGGACGCCGCAGGUCGUCCAGCCGGACGUCAGCUUCUGCCUCCUGCACCACUCCGACUACCUCAACGGCUACAGCAGAGACCGCCUCAUGCCCCUCUGGGUGUCGUACACCCUCCAGCCCCUGGCCACAGUCCGACCGCUGAGCCCGGACACGGAGGCGUGUGUUCGUGCCGAUGUUCGAGUCCCACCGUCCGCCAGCCAGCUGUGUUCCCGCUACAAAGACAACGCUGAUCUGUCCUAUGGCCUGCUGCAUCCCCCCAACCUGAAUUUAACCGGACCCGAGUCGGACUCUCUGAUCACGAGCAACAUGGCACCGAUGUUCCCUGCGUUCAAAGGUGUUUGGAGACAUUUCCACGAUGUGCUGCUUCCACAGUAUUCACAACAGCUGAACGGAGUCACCGUCAUGAGUGGGCCCAUAUUCGAUGACAACUUUGACGGAAACGCUGACGCUGUCAAAGCGGUCACAGGGAGCGAGGCUCUCGUCCCGACACAUUUCUUCGUGAUUCUGACCAGCUGCGGGAACUCGACCGCCGGCCCCACUCACUGCGGUGGCCCGCUACGAGCCAAGUCCUUUAUCCUGCCCCACAGACCUGACAACAUGGAGAGCUGUGCUACUGGGACGGACUUGGCGUGGGUGGAGGACUGGUUACACUUUCACACCGCUCGCGUCCGAGACAUCGAGCUGCUGACCGGACUGAGCUUCUAUCACGACAUGAUAUCAGUGGAGGAGACUUUACAGCUCAAGACUUUUCUGCAUAUAGCUUAAUGUUAGAGAGACGUUCCAUAUAAAAACAAGUUUUCAUUUCAAAGGGAAACCACAUUGGUCUGCACAACCGGUCUCUGUCCAUGUGGACACACGGUUGACCUCACCUCCGUGAGAUUAGCAGGUGUCUCACUUAUGAAAGACCAGAUUAAUCCCGACUUCCAUCCAGCCUUUCUUAAUUUGUGUGUGUAAUUUUGUUUUUUGUAGCCAAAGCAGAUUUUAUAAUUACUGAUUUGAAUAUGAUGUGUAUUUUUUUUCAAUUUCUUUUUUUAUAAUGAAUGACUUUUUCCGCUGCUUUGAACCAAAGACGCCGUCACAUCUGCUGUCUGUCUGUCUGUCUGUCUGUCUGUCUGUCUGUCUCAGAUUGGGGAGUGAAUCAAAACAUGGAAGUUGUGUUUACUUCACAGAUGCUUUGAUUCUCCCGCCUGUUCAGGGGGGGAAAACACGGUGACGACAUGGAAACGAGUGUGUGUUGUUCUGCUGUUUGUUGGACACAUCUGGAGACGUGGCUGCAGCAGCUGGAAAAACAGGAGAAAAAGAGAUGUUAUUGUGUUUCCAUGGUUGUUACUGUAUCUUCACUAAACUGCACCAGAGUUGUUUUUAGUGUAAAUGUAAAUGUUUUGUACGGUCAUAGACAAUUAUGAAGUAAUGAUUUUGUGUGUGUGUGUUCUAGUAUUUGUGCCAACAAUUGUAUAAACCCUACGUAGUGAGGACAUUUUGACUGUUCCUCACUUUUUUAAAGGGCUUUUUUUUGGGGGGGUUAAAACCUGGUUUAGUUGUGAUGGUUAGGGUAAGGGACUAGGGAAUGCAUUAGGGUCCCCACUAUGAAUGAAGUACAAAUGUGUGUGUGUUCUUGUAUGGGCAUCUUUGUGAGGACCAAAAAACUUGAUUUCAGGGUUUGGGUUCGGCAUUUAGUUGUGAUUGUUAGGGUAAAGGGCGAGGGAAUGCAUUAUAUGCACAAUUGUGUGUGUGUGUGUGUGUGUCUGCACUUUAUUCAUGGACAGAUUACAUGACAAAUCUUAUCUUCAGGCACAGACAUGUUAAAUGUCCCACCCCUCACCUACACAAAAAGACCCUUUCUUUUUUGUUAUCUUGCACCUUUUGUAUGCAAAAUGCCCACCUUUUUAUGUUGUUGUUGUUUUUUUUUUUUGCAUUUCUUUCAGGUAAUUCUGCAUUUAACGCAGUGGUUGUGUCCAGCAUCUUUGUGGUUGUUUUGUACUGGUCUUGUUGUGCAGGUGAAAUCUGCAGCUGUGUGUAGUUGCAUAAGAAGAGAGAGGAUGUGUGUGCCCACGGUGUCUGUACCGUAAUCUGCCUAUGAUGAUGUGUUCAAACCUGUUAUGUUUGUUUGUCCAUUGUAGUUAAAAGUAUUUGAAAUUACAAGCGAAUAAUGUGUGAUGUGUCAUGAGAAGUGCAAAAGAAAUAGCCAUUUCCAUUGUGUUUACUUUUCUGUAUUGUCAGAAAAACACAAUUUCAUAUAAAAAAAAAACCUCUAUAUUGA